CAGCAGAAGCAGCAAUCGGAAAUGACAGACAAUCACCAUCACCAUUCCCGUAGUGGAGAAAGUAAGCAGGAGUUGGACCUGACCCUCAGGUUAGGAUUACCAUAUGACGUCAGUGAUCGCAAAAGUCUUAACCCCAUUGACAGCAUUCUGAUCAACUCCGUCUUCAUAAGCCCUCAAGAUCGAUACCCUAUUAAUCUCAACUCAAAUGUCUCUCUCACUCACCAGCCCGCCCUCGCCAUGGAUUGGUGUGGCAAGGUACUUGGAGUUGGAGGCCAUCAUAAUGUUUGCUCCGAACCUAGGCGCGGGAUUAAUAAUACCGUCCAAAAUUCAUAUUGGACAUUAGCGAUGAGAAGCCAAACCCAUCUCAAGCUCAACUCCUCAAAUGGAUUGGUUGGAGACUACACCAAAAGUUACAAAAAUGCAUUCCCACCACCACCAAAAAUGAACGUCGACUAUAUCCUCCUAAACCCCUCUGCAAGAAGAUCCCAUCGCAGGCCUGGUGGCUCCAUGCGGAGGAGGAGCAUGCGCCAUCAGCGGCAUCAGGUGGUGGAGGAUCCAAACAAGAGAUGCACCAAUUAUAACUGUGCCACCCGUACCACUCCAAUGUGGCGCAAAGGUCCUCUUGGCCCCAAGACCCUGUGUAACGCCUGUGGAAUCAAGUAUCGCAAGCAAGAAGAGAAGAGGAAAGAGAAGGAGGAGGCUAAGCAAGCUGCUAAGGAGGCAGCGGAGAAAGCUGUUGCUGCUCGUGCCGCCAACAUUUGAGUCUUAAUGGUCGCAGUAUCCCCGAAGUGACAACUCAAGCUCUUCUUUUUGUUAUUAACUAUGUUUAAUUUGGAGUUUGAACAUUACAUUUUUGCUUUCCAAUGUUAUUUUUCCUUUCCUUCUCUGGUUAUCAAUUCUGCUUUUGUACUUCCGGUAUUGCAAUUUUACAAUAGCAUUGCUGUGUCUCUUUGCCAUGGGAUGCUCGAGAACAUGAGUAGCAUUCCAAUAAUUUAAUUAGAUGACAUUCUU